GCCAACAUACUCAUUCGAUAAAAAGAUCAUUAAAUUAAUAUAUUUACAUUUACUACCUAAAUAAAACAGCGCUCAAGACAUUUUAUGUAUUUUCGAUGAUAACAUAAUUCACAUUCAGUGAUAUGUUUACAGUAAAUUUAAUUUAUAUCUAAUUAUAUAUAUUUAUAUUUUUUAUUCAAUCUCAUUAUAUAUUUAUAGUUGAUGCUAAUGGAAUAUAAAUUUGCCCGCCCUAAGUUUGAACUCGAAAUUCAAUUUUUUUAAGGCAGUGGGUUUUUCUAUUGCUUCAAUAAUUGUUGCUACAGCCUUUUUGAAUACAUCAGCUUUAAACCACAAAAAUCACCUCCACAUAAAACCUCAGAUCCAAAUCCAUUCAAUUUUUCUCCGAUUAGCAGCAGAUUUUCGGAUGGAACAGCCGGAAUCCGUUCCUCCUCUAGCUCCUCUCUCCGAGAAAAAGGAGAAUGUAACGCCGAUGAAUCCUAAGAUUGCGGAACUGGCUGAAUCGCGGCAGGAGCUUGUCAGCAGAAUACAUAAUCUUAAACAGGACCUCCAAAACUGGAGAAUGAAGCUGGACACUCAAGUUAAGGUUUACCGUGAUGAGCUCUCAGAGCUCAAGAAGUCGCUAAAUACUGAAGUUGAUCAGCUCCGAACAGAAUUUCAAGAACUGAGGACUACUCUCCAACAGCAGCAGGAAGACGUCGCAACCAGCCUAAAAAAUCUAGGGCUGCAGGACGAUGUAGGAGAAGCAAAGGAGGUCGGAGGCACGAGUGACGUAGAAAUCAGCAAGAUUAUAGAUCAAGGUUCACCAAAAGAUGAGGGUAAAGCAACUCAUGAUUCAUGAACAGAUUGAAUAUUUCUUCAUUGUUUCUGUGUACUACUAUUGGGAUGCCACCCCAGAUUUUUAUGUCUCUGAACUCUCAUCUCAAUUUUCAUCAUGUGACAUUAGUCCUUUAUCACUAAUAGUGAUAUGCUAGUAUAUUUUCAUCCUUCUAAA